CGCACCACUACAAUGAUAAACCAAUAUCUUAGCAAUGUAGUACUUUCUCGGCAUGGCGAAAUGGAGGCAAUAUUACAGUCCGGGUUGUCCGCCUUAAUCCCAAAAGACAACCGUUUAACCUUUACAAUAUUGGUUGCUGGGACUGGGGCGCUAGCUUUGUUUCUGGAAUACUACUACCGAGAAAGAUUAACCAGUGGCUUCUCGAAGAAACCGCUGCCGCAUGUCGAAUCUAAAGUCGAAUCUGGAAAUGUGAAGCUUGAAGAAGCUAUCAGAUACUAUGAGUCUGCCCUGGUUGACUUGCAACAAGCAGGUGCUGAUAACAGCCAGCGCUUGCAGAUCCGAGCAAUGUUGCUCCGAGCUUACGAGAUUCAAGCUAUACUUUCUCCCGACGAGUUUAAUAUGAGGUCGAGUAUAAUGAUAGAAGGUGCCUCUUCAACCGUUAUGAAGGAGAUAAUCCAAGAAAAUCUUGAAGAACUUGACGCAGGUUCAGCGAUACAAGAAGCACCCUCCACCAGAUCCAUCACUCAGCUUCCUUGCUCCCGUGUUAGAUCAGACUCUCUGUCCUCAGCUGCUCUCUCUGACUUCUACGAGGCUUUCGACUUCCUUGGUCAAGAGGAGAAGGGGGAGGAAACUUUACCUGCUCUGUACAAGGACCAGAUGUUCCUGCACAAAGUGAAGGAGUUUCAGUGUCGUAAGAAUCGUUUUCUGCAGUUCAGUCUCUCCUCACCAAGCGAAUACCUCGUCAAGGUUCAAUGUCUGAGGCUCGCAUUUGAUCGGUUAAUGAAGAUUCCAGAUCAACGAAGUUGGAUGGUAGACAUUGGACGGAGCAACACAGAGAAACUUUUAGAAUUGGCAGGGGCCGACACCCCAACUUUCUGCCAGGCUUAUGACGACAUGAUGGAAUAUGUAGGGGACUUGGGGAACCUGCAGUCCAUUAAAGAUGAAUUAAAAGUUCGACGAGUAGCAGCAGUGAACAUAUUCGAUAUCGUUAUAGACUUUUGUCUUCUUGAUUCCUUCGAUGAUUUGGACAUGCCUCCAGCCUCAGUUACAGCUGUUUUAGGGAACAGUUGGAUCUCACAAGGGCUAAGGAAAACCAUGCUCUCCACUGCAGUCUGGGGAAUGAUAUCAACUAAAACUAAAAAGGCGCAACCCGAUGGGUUCCUUUGCCGUUUUUACGCCAUUAUGGCAGUGGUAACCCCCUCUUUAGCGUGGGGCUUCCUCGGAGACGAUGCUGUGCUGAAACCUAUCUGUUCUUCCAUCCGGGAGAAUGUUAUGAAAAUGUUAUUAAAGGCGUUUGACGAAGAUCAAACGGAUUACUCGUCACUUGAUAGCUUAGCAGAGGCACUCUACAGUCUACUCCAAAUGUCAGCAAACCAAUUACUGGAACAAUUAAAUGAUGCUAUGUCAUAGUAGUUUAUCUUACAGGAUAAUUGAGAAAUUGGAACCUUCGUUUCGUCAGACAAACUAUUAGCUAAAGAAGAAGCAUCACUUUGAUAUAAAUCGUACGAACAUAAGUUUGAACAUUUUUUUGAAGAGGACAAAUUGUGGACCAAGAAUCAAGAUGACCAUAUUCGUGGAUUGGUACUUACUCUUUUAUUCGGAUAUUAGAAACCACCCAAAGACUUGAAAUUAGAAACUGGAUACUAUAGUUAAAGUCUAUUCUUUGUCACUGUAUCUUCUUGCCUGCUUGUCCAGGAGAAUACGAGUGCAGAGUGACGAGACAUUAAUAUUAAUAUUAUGUUUUGCGUGCCCAAGUUUCUGAUAUGCUUGAUAAUUCAGUUUGAUAGUUGGCACUUGGUUUGAUAGUUUAACGGAUUUGUAUUUGUAUUUGUUGUGACAGUUACUUGUUAGGUUUGGAAAUAUAUAUUAUAUCAGAAAGUUGUCUGAUUACUAUAAAAUAAAUUACUCAAUAAACGCUGUUUCAUUUGUGCAACCCUGAAGGCUAACCUU